CCCCGGCCAUGGGGACGGCGUCGUCCCUGGUGAGCCCGGCGGGCGGGGUCGGGGAGGUGAUCGAGGACACGUACGGCGGCGGCGAGGCCUGCGAGAUCCCGGUGGAGGUGAAGCCCAAGGCCCGGCUGCUGCGCGGGUCCCUGCGGCGCGUCGGGGCCUCACGGCCCGGCGGCCUCAUCGGCGCCAGCUUCAAGUCGACGGCCUCGGUGCAGGAGCUGGAGUGCGUGGCCGAGUACGAGCGCCUGAAGAAGGAGUACGAGAUCUUCCGUGUCAGCAAGAACAACGAGGUGGCCUCCAUGGUGAAGAAGGAGGCCAAGCUGGACAGGGAGAACAAGCGGCUGCGUGCCGAGCUGCAGGCACUUCAGAAAACCUACCAGAAAAUACUUCGAGAGAAAGAAAGUGCUUUAGAAGCUAAAUACCAAGCCAUGGAGAGAGCUGCUACUUUUGAACAUGAUCGAGAUAAAGUCAAAAGGCAGUUCAAGAUUUUUAGAGAAACUAAAGAAAAUGAGAUUCAGGACUUAUUGAGGGCCAAACGAGAGCUAGAAGCCAAACUUCAGAGACUCCAGGCCCAAGGAAUCCAUGUGUUUGAUCCUGAAGAGUCUGAUUCUGAUGAUAAUUGUACAGAUGUUACGGCUACUGGGGCGCAGUCUGAAUACUGGAAUGGAGGAGCUUUGGGAAGUGAGCCAUCCAUGGGUAGUAUGAUGCAACUUCAACAGUCUUUCAGAGGGCCUGAAUUUGCUCAUAGUUCCAUAGAUGUUGAGGGGCCAUUUGCAAAUAUAAACAGGGAUGAUUGGGAUGCGGCUGUUGCCAGUUUAUUACAGGUUACUCCUCUGUUUUCCCACUCUCUGUGGAGCAACACAGUGAGAUGUUUUAUUAUUAGUACUGAUGAGACUCAACCAGAAGUGAAUAUCUUCAUUAGAAACUACUCACCAAAACUUCAAAGCUUCUGUGAAACAAUGGGAUACUUUUUUCAAGUUGUUCAUUUUUCAGCAGAAAAUGAAAGGCCUCUUAAGGAUGUAAGAAAGUGGGAAAUUGAAAAAAGUUCCUUAGUCAUUUUGCUCCUGCAUUUGACUUUGCCAAGUUGUUUGUUGGAGGACUGUGAAGAAGCCUUUUUGAGAAAUCCAGAGGAAAAACCCCGGCUAAUUUACCACAGGAAGGAGGAUGACAGAGUCAGUUCAGUCUCAGUGCAACAGUUAAUUGAGCAAAUUUCUUACGUGAACAAAGCAAAGAUGAUUAAUCAUAUUGGAAGUGUGGAGGAAGGAGCAUAUGAAAUCUAUAAUUGUGUGGAAAAGAUAAUUAAACAGGAUAUAUUGGGGUGUGAAAUGAUGGAACUAGAAGGCAAGGAUUUGGGUAGUAAGGAAGAGUCCACUGUUCCUGAAGAAGAAGUUUUUGGUGAUGUAUUAUGGGAUGCACAUGACGAACAAGAACAGAUGGAAGCUUUUCAGCAGGCCUCUAAUUCAACAUGUGAGCUGGGAUUUGAGAAAUAUUUUGAACGUCUAAACGACCUAGUAGCAGCGCCAGCACCAAUUCCACCUCUGCUUGUAUCAGGAGGACCAGGCUCUGGGAAAUCUCUCCUCCUGUCGAAAUGGAUUCAAUUGCAGCAGAAGCAUUCACCGAACACUCUAAUACUUUACCACUUUGUUGGGAGGCCCAUGUCUACUAGUUCAGAAUCUGCACUGAUAAUUAAGCGCCUUACUUUAAAGCUUAUGCAACACUCUUGGUUAGUGUCACCUCUGACUUUGGAUCCAGCUAAACUUCUGGAAGAGUUUCCCCGCUGGCUGGAAAAACUUUCUGCACGUCAUCAAGGCAGCAUUAUUAUAAUUAUUGAUUCUAUUGACCAAAUACAGCAAGCUGAGAAGCAUAUGAAGUGGCUGAUAGAUCCACUGCCAGUGAAUGUGAGAGUGAUUGUAUCAGUGAAUGUAGAAACAUGUCCGCAGGCUUGGAGGUUGUGGCCCACUCUUCAUCUUGAUCCACUGAAUUCCAAAGACGUUCAAUCUCUUAUUAGUGCAGAGUGUAACUCUGCAAAUGUUAAAUUGACUAAAGAGCAGGAGAAGAAGCUUGAGAGACAUUGUCGUUCCGCCACAACAUGCAAUGCUUUGUAUGUCACUCUCCUGGGCAAAACCAUUGCUUGUGUUGGAAAUACAGGAAAUAUUGACAAAACCCUUCAACAGUGUUUCCAAUGUCAAGACACAGUGUCACUGUACAGGCUUGUUCUGAGAUCAAUUCAAGAAUCAUUGCAGAGUGAUAAAGAGAAAGGUCUUUUGAGAGAGAUGCUUUGUGUCAUCGGUGUUAGCCACAAUGGUGUAAGUGAGUCAGAGCUUAUGGAGCUUUAUCCUGAACUGUCUUCUGCACUGUUAGCCUCGCUCAUUCACAGCCUGCACAAAAUGUGUUUGCUGACAUAUGGCUGUGGUUUGCUGAAGUUCCAGCACCUCCAGGCUUGGGAGAUGGUGAGACUAGAGUAUAUGGAAGAAGGUGAAAGUAUUAUUUCUGCCUGUAGGCAAAGACUGGUGGAAUAUUUCACCAUGCAGCUAAGUCGAGACCGAGUGACUUGGAGAAGUGCAGAUGAACUUCCCUGGCUCUUCCAACAGCUGGGUGAUAAGCAAAAGCUACACAAAUGUCUUUUGAAUCUCUUUGUAUCCCAGAACCUUUACAAAAGGGGACAUUUUGCAGAAUUGCUGAGUUACUGGCAGCUGGUUGGGAAAGAUAAGAGCUCUAUGGCAGCUGAGUAUUUUGACUCUCUGAAAGAAUAUGAAAAAAGCUGUGAGGGAGAGGAAAGUAUGAUCUGCCUGGCUGAUCUUUAUGAGACCCUGGGACGGUUUCUUAAGGACCUAGGUCUUCUCAGUCAGGCUGUAGCUCCUCUGCAGCGGUCUCUGGAGAUUCGAGAGACUGCGCUGGAUCCAGAUCACCCAAGGGUGGCGCAGUCACUCCACCAGCUAGCAGGAGUUUAUGUUCAGUGGAAGAAGUUUGGAAAUGCUGAACAGUUGUAUAAACAGGCACUGGAAAUCUCAGAAAAUGCUUAUGGAGCUGAACAUCCCCGGGUAGCCCGUGAACUUGAUGCACUUGCGACCUUAUACCAAAAGCAAAACAAAUAUGAACAAGCUGAGCAACUGAGGAAAAAGUCCUUCAAAAUACGCCAAAAAGCAGCAAGGCGGAAAGGCAGUCUGUGUGGCUUUGCUCUCCUGCGUCAAAGAGCCCUGCAACUGGAAGAGCUCACGUUAGGCAAGGAUACACCAGAUAAUGCUCGAACCCUCAAUGAGCUUGGAGUCCUCUACUACCUGCAGAAUAAUCUUGAGACAGCAGAGCUUUUCCUGAAGCGCUCCUUGGAAAUGAGAGAGAGAGUCCUGGGACUCGACCACCCAGACUGUGCUCAGUCUUUGAACAAUCUGGCAGCAUUGUACAAUGAAAAAAAGCACUAUGACAAGGCAGAGGAACUCUAUGAAAAAGCUUUAGACAUCAGGAGGAGAGCACUGGCUCCAGAUCAUCCCUCCUUGGCUUAUACUGUGAAACAUCUGGCAGUGCUGUACAAAAAGAUGGGAAAACUUGACAAGGCUGUUCCUCUAUACGAACUAGCGGUUGAAAUUCGACAGAAGUCAUUUGGCCCCAAACACCCUAGUGUAGCAACAGCUUUGGUAAAUCUGGCUGUCCUUUAUUGUCAGAUGAAAAAGCAGAUUGAAGCUUUACCUCUUUAUGAACGUGCAUUAAAGAUUUAUGAAGACAGCUUUGGUCACAUGCAUCCUCGUGUGGGAGAAACUCUGAAAAACUUGGCUGUGCUAAGCUAUGAAGGGGGAGACUUUGAGAAGGCAGCUGAACUUUACAAGAGAGCUAUGGAAAUAAAAGAAGCAGAGACUUUGUUGAUAGGUGGGAAAACAACUUCUCGACAUUCAUCGAAUGGAGAUACAUUCAGCUUAAAAAGUGCAUUAUCGCCAAACAUUUUCCUGGAACAUGGACAAAGGUGACAUAAACCUGCUCAAAGAAAAGGCAGUCUCUACAGCUAUUUUAAAGCAGACAUAAAAUUAUUAAGACAAAUCUAUUUUUCUUAGGAUCAUGUACUAUUUUUUGACUGACACCUGUCUUCAUGAAUGACAGGGAAACAAAUUUUUAAGCUUGAAAUCCUUCCAUGUUAAAUUUGAAGACUGUACGGUACAGAGUGAGCUUCCUUCAUUGUAUAUAGAUACGCACAUUAGUUACCAGCUCAAGUUAGAGCUAAUACCAAAACCCAUGGAUUUGAUACCUCUUAGCCUAAGGGCCAGGAUUAUAACAAGUUAAACCAGUUGUAUAUACUCCAUGGGUAGGUCCUAUUUUUGUGUUGUAAUAGCACAGCUUAGAGGAUUUUUGUAUUGUUUGUCAAUCCUUUUUGUCCUUUCAGAAGCGUUUAAAGUUGUUUUUGAAGAGAUAGUAAUUUUGAAAAUCCCAGAAUAGUGUUCCACCUGAUUAGCUGCAGGGUGAUUUCCACUUUAAGCAAAGUUUGAGGGACUUGUGCAAAAAUAGUUGGUUUCCUUGGGAACUUAAUAUAUCUAAAUAUAUCAUCAUCUACAGGUAAAGCUGUUGUCAGAUUCAACUGUGUUCAGUAAAAAUGCUUGCAGUGAGGAAUCCGAAUGAAGAUUAUCAUGAUCUGAUUCCUUGUUGUUAACCCUUUAGUGAUACUUUCACUAUGUAAUCUCACUGAAUCCCUUAAAAUACAAGAAUGUUUUUAUUAUCUGGAAAAACAUAGUCAUGCAAAACAGUUUGCCAUCAGAUAAAGAGAUGCUUAUCAAUUCUACCUACCUGCCUGCUGUAUUUCUUAAUGUUCUAGUCAUCUUGAAGAAUCAGUCUGAAGUCUGUUCUCAUGCAGUGCAUAAAUCCAUUAAUCAAUUUAAAUACAUACUAAAAAAAAGAUUUUAUAAAAAGAUUGAAUGUAAGUGAAAAUUAAUUGGAACCUCUGUAUAAUGUUUCAGAGGCAACUGAUGUAAAGAUUUAUUUGAUCCAGUUUGAAGAAUGCAAAUGGCUGUUACUUCCAAGGGGUACUUACCUUCCACCCUGUUUUUUCUCUUUUAGAGUGGAGUUAAAUAUAACCCAUCUUCUUCUGGUUAGAAGCAAUUUAAGGCUGUAACUUGGUAAAGAAAACUGUAUGUAAAAUUGAUAAAACAAAUAUAUGACCCACAUUGAUUUUUUAAGAUUAAAGAAAAAAAAAAUCAAAAAUAGCUCUUGAAGGUAUUACAAUACAGCACUGAAAGAUGACACUUUGUGAUAGCUCUCUGGAUAUUUUCCUCUUCAGAGAAUGUUUUUUUUUAUCCACUGUAUUCUAGACACCUUGAAAGUUUUGAAAAUUGGAAAAUUCUUUGCAGGAUUGCUAACAAAUAAGGAGACAGGCAAAGAAAAAAAAAACAAACCAAAACAACCAACCAGAACCCUCCAACCAACAACAAAAAACCCAAACCCCCAAAACCUCAACCUUCUCAGCUUGUAUGUGUUUCUCUUGCCUACUCAGACCUAGUAAUCCCCUGCACUGAAGCCAAUGUUAUAAAUUAUCAGAUGUCUGGUCUAGGUUGUCACCUCUGGUGUGAUUUUAACAGGUAUAGUGAUGUAUCCUGCUCUCCUGAAUAGUUUUCCUUCAUGCUGUUAGCUUAAAUAAAAAGCUGCUUUCAAGACCUUCAGUGUUGUUCAGUCCUUCCCCCUUUAGUGAUUUCCAAUUCUGAACUGUUACUAUUCUGUCCUUGAGUGACUUCCCUCUAACUUAUUCAUAGGUUGCAGGGUUGCUUUUGGAAGAAAAAUCAGUCCCUAAAAAGUAGCAGAUCCCAACCAUCCAUGGUCCAUUAGCCAAGGUGGUGAGGAAACAAAAUCCUUACCCUAUCAACCCAAAGAAAACUUUCUACAGAAAGUAAAACAGGAUCAGGAGGAAUAGUGGAAGGUCUUCCAGGCCAUGUGUGGGCCAUAAGCUCAUGCAGCUAUAGUCCUAUCACUCUUACGACAGUUGUUCAGGGAUUUGUAGUUGUACCUUUUUUAAAUGUCAUUUUAAAAAAGCAAUUUGUAUAAUUGGUAUAAAUCAAAUAAUAUUUCUAUGUAGGAGAACUCCACCUCAAAACAGUGUCACCAGUUUCAAUAGAGUUUAAUCAUACCUUCAGAAUAUCAACAUCUUAAUAACAUCCAUGAUACAUUGUAAAAAGCUACGCUUUUAUAAGAUUGCCAAAGAAACAAAGCUGGACUAAACCUCUGCAAUAUGCUUUAAUAUUACUUUUGUUACAAACUAACAAAUUUUCCAUUAUGUGUUACAGUUGAAGUAGAUUAUAUUUGUAAAUGUCUUAAUUAAAAAAAACCCCAACAACUUAAAUCUGUUUUUUUGAUGCUGUUUCUUUUAAAAAUAGUUUUAACCAUUGGCACAUACAAUCAUCUUAAUGUACUUUCCAAUUCUUUCAAAUUCUUCUUGUAUAUACAAGUUGAAAGUCUGAACCUAACCCAAGAACCAUUUUGCAUCCUCUGUAAGGGGGCAUACAAAAUUGUAUUAAUUUGCUCAUAAAACUGUACAUGAAGUAAAAUGGUAAACAGUUGCCUCUUGAAAAGCUGUCAGUCAGGUGACAGCAGUCAUGUCAGCCAAACAGCUGAGAGUCAAGAUUAACUGAGCUGUUGUAGAAAUGAGUUGGCUGUUUACAUCAGGAUCUCCAGAGCCAGGUGCCUGCCUCACUUUUAUUGUUCUCAGCAGAAAGGUAGAGACACAAAGAAAUGUAAGGAACACUUAAAUUGACACUUGAAUCAAGUUAACGUAGACUUAGUGACGCAGAUUCAAGUAUGUACCUCUGUAAUGAUCUCAUCAUUCUAUUUCCCAUCCCUCUUUACAGUUAAUUUCUAAAAUCUGGUUUCUCCAAAACUGAACUCAACCCAAAAAACCCACUUCCACUUUACAGUAUAAUGCACCACACCCAAAGCCCACUUAAACCCUCCCUCACUAGCUUCAGCAAUUAUUUUUAUGUAUAUAUUAUAAUCUGGUGUCAGAUGCAGAGGAAACAGAUUUUUAAGUUUGUAACCGUAUUCAUUCAGCUGCCCUAAAAAAUAGGAGCACCUCCAUAAUAUUUCUUUUUUACAUGUUGGGUGGAUACUCCUACUAGCACUACUAGCUGGCUCUGUGUUGGCUGCAUCAUGCUGGUUUUUGAACAGCCCAAGUUGGUGAUAUUUGUAUUAUACUGCAAAGGCUGAAAUUUACAUUCUUCUAAGCCAAAUAUAAUGAUCAGGUUCUGGAUAGGACACCCACAGGAGUUAAAAUAUUUGGAAUAGAUACUUCCAGUUCUGCAGUGUACUGGCACUACAGGAUAUGGACACUUACAGGUCAGUUUAACACAUGAUAAUUUAAAAGAUAACAAAACUGUACUAACAUUAUUUACAGGACAGAUACAAUAGCUCAGCUACCCUGCUGAAGAGAUUUGCAACACUAAAAGUUUAGAGCAUCUAAUUUUGGAAGCCUUCCUCUGCAAACUCAGAUAAAUAUAUUCCUCAAUACAGCCCAUGUGAUGGGGAUGGAUCAGAAUUACAGCAAAAAUUUUAAUAGCCAACAAAAAUACAAUAUUGAGAUUUUUGAAGAGAUAAGACAAAAUCACCUGUUCUUUCUGAUAUUGCUAGUAAUUCUUACAGAUUUUGUCAUGAAAAGUUAUCUGCCAGUUGAAACAGUGGCAUGCCAAUACUCAGUCUGCUACUACAGUUAUCUACUAACAAAAGACUUUGCCUUGUUGCAGCAUAGUCAAAACAUUAUCGCAUACAAAACAUACAGGCAGCUAUUUAAGAACAAGUAGUUCUUAACAAAAACUUUGAUAAAAUAAGGAAAAUCUAAAAAAAAUAUUCCAUCCCAGAGCUACUUAAGACAGAUAAAAAACUGUAAUGCUCUGUUUGCUCAGAAAUAAGAAGCCACAGCACAAUCCACACCAAGAAUUUACAGACAGCAGUGAACAAAGAUGAACACAAGUGCUUGGAAAAUGAGCAGCAGCAGUAUGAGUGAGGCAUGAUCACCUGCCCUUGACCUACUCAGUCUACUCCAGCAGACUUCAUCUUUCACUUGUCCUACACUAUGUACUGUUCCAUCACAUGAUGUGGCCUAGAAUGUGCUAUGCCUGCUUUUGGUAAUUUACCAUCUCCUUUUAUUUUAUGAGUAUCUGGACCCUAGCAAUUCGGAGAAAUUAAAAUUCACAGUAGCAAAACUCGCUAUCUUAAAGACUGGACAACAGAAUAGAAACAAAGUAAGUCUGUUUCCUUCCUGCCCCUGUAACAGUUUCAUUUCAUGUGAAAUGUAAAGAUAAGUUUCAGGGAGAAAAAGAAAAA